AUGGAUGCAUCACAACCCCUGUUUUGGGUCAUUCUUUCGGCAGCUACCUUCUGCUCAGUCAAGCCGCAGAUAAAUGUCUGUAGGGAGGCUUCAGUCGCAGAUGUCAUAUUCCUGGUGGAUUCCAGCGGAGGCCCAGAAAAAUCCCGAAAUGUUCAAGACCUCUUAUCUACAUUGGUCAGUGGCCUUGAUCUCGGCAAAGAUAAAAUCAGAGUAGGCCUGAUCCAGUACAGCAACGUACCCAGCACAGAGUUUUCCCUCAGUACCUAUCAACGCAAGGAAGAUGUCUUGGGGCAUAUCCAGAGGUUGAAAUUCAAGCCUGGUGAUGCCCAAACUGGCCAGGCCUUGCGGUUCAUGCUGGAAAACCACUUCCAGGAAAUGGCAGGGAGCCGAAUACACCAAGGGGUCCCCCAGCUUGCCGUGCUAAUCACGGACAGGCCAGCGCAGGAUGACAUCAAAGGGCCAGCCAUGGCAGUCAGGAAGGCAGGUGUCCAGCUGUACACCAUUGGCCUCCAAGGUGCUGUUUUUUCUGAGCUCAGAGAGAUAGCGAGUGAUCCUGAUGACCAGUUUAUCUUUUUGGCAGUCGAUGUCUCUUUUCUAGAUGACCUUUCACAAUCCGUGUUGCUGGCACUCUGUGGCACAAUUGUGGAGACGACUCAACAGGGCACCCAAGUCUCUCCAGCCUGCAGAAAAGCAGCUGUAGCUGACCUGGUCUUCUUGGUGGACAGCUCCACGAGCAUAGGCCCUGAGAACUUCCAGAAAGUGAAGAGCUUCCUCUACUCCUUGGUGUUGGGCCUUGACAUUGGCAGGGACCAGGUCCGGGUCGGGCUGGCCCAGUUCAGUGACAACAUCUACCAGGCGUUUCUACUCAAUCAGUUCCCUCUGAAGGGUGAUGUGCUGGAGCAGAUACUGAAUCUCCCUUACCAGACUGGAGGGACCCGAACUGGGAGCGCCUUAGAUUUUCUCAGAACUACCUAUUUCACCGAAUCAGCGGGCAGCAGAGCCAAGGACAACAUCCCUCAGAUAGUGAUCCUGGUAACGGAUGGAGAGUCCAACGACGAGGUGGCCGAGGCGGCCGGCAAGCUGAAGAAAGGAGGGGUGUCCAUCUAUGUUGUAGGAAUCAAUGUCCAGGAUGUCCAGGAGCUGGAGACAAUAGCCAGCAAGCCCUUAGAGAAGUUCCUUUUUAGCAUUGAAGAUUUCAACAUUCUCGAGGGUCUCUCUGCUAACAUUCUCCCUACUCUGUGCUCAGCAGUUGAGAACCAGAUCCAAGCAUUCACCAAGUCCUAUGCUGAUGUGGUCUUCCUUGUGGAUACCUCCAAGGGCACAUCACCAGCCAAUUUCCAUCAGAUGAAAAAUUUUAUCGUCAAAGUCAUUGACAUGUUGGAGGUUGGGCGUGACAAGUACCAGAUUGGGUUGGCCCAAUAUGGUCACCAAGGUCAUGUUGAGUUUUUACUCAACACCUACCAGAACCCUGUUGAGAUGAUCACCCACAUCCAGCAGAAUUUCCUGCUCCAAGGAGGUGCCAGGAAGACAGGAGAUGCCCUUCAGUAUAUACAGGAGACUUUUUUCCAGGAGAAGGCAGGGAGUCGCUUCCUUCAGGGCAUCCCUCAGUAUGCAGUGGUCAUCACAUCUGGUCCAUCAGAAGACUUGGUCUUGGAAGCUUCUCAGACGCUUAAGGGGAGAGGAGUGAAGGUCAUGGCGGUUGGUAUACAGGACUUUGACAGUAGAGAACUGGCGAUUAUGGCAACUCCUCCCCUCGUGUUUGAGAUGGAGGGACAAGAUGGGGUCAGACAACUUCAGCAGGAUGUGAACCAGGUGUUCGAAAGCUCUGGCCCAUUGCACCUCAGUCCCGAGAUAAGUGAAGAAACCUUAGCAGUAUGUACAAGUGCUUCCAUGGCUGACAUUGUGUUCCUUGUUGAGGCAUCAAGCAGGAUUGGCUUAGAAAACUUCCAGCUAGCUGUAGAAUUCCUGGGGAAAGUUGUCCACACUCUAAAUAUUGGCCCUGACAAGGUUAGAGUUGGCCUGGUACUUUAUAGUGAUGAGCCACGACUUGAGUUUGGCCUGGACACGUUCCUGAGCCAAUCAGAAAUCUGGAGCCACUUGAACAAGUUGCCAUUCAUAGGUGGUGAGACCAAGACAGGAGCUGCUUUGGACUUCCUCAGGAACACUGUAUUCACUCAGCAGAGGGGUAGCCGCUUUAGACAAGGAGUGCAGCAGCUUGCUGUGGUCAUCACAGAAGGCUAUUCCCAGGAUGAGGUGGAUAGGCCAGCUUCUCUCCUCCGACGGGCUGGGGUCACGCUCUUUGCUGUGGGCACCCAGAAAGCUUCAGGAAGCAAUGACCUGGACAGAAUAGCAUCCUACCCACCUCAGAAGCAUGCCAUAUACCUGGAAUCAUUCCUGCAGCUCUCAGUGGUCAGGGAAAAGAUAAAGAAACGUCUGUGCACAGAGAUUGUGCACAAAACCUUUUCAGUUCCGGUGAUGACCCGUGCCCUGAAAGAAGGCUGCGUAAACACGGAGGAAGCAGAUUUCUAUUUUCUCAUUGAUGGGUCAGGCAGCAUAUUCCCUGAAGACUUCAAGGAAAUGAAGACGUUCAUGAACGAGCUGAUAAGCGUGUUCCACGUUGGUGCAGACCAAGUGCGGUUUGGAGUUGUCCAAUACUCAGACUCUCCCCAGACUGAGUUUGACAUCAGUCAGCAUACCGGUGUGGCCCAGCUUAAGAGGGCCAUUGCAAACAUUCAGCAAAUAGGAGGGGGCACUCAUACGGGAGAUGCCCUGAGAUUCAUGAAAGGUCUUUUCUUAAAUACUGCCAGGGACAAAGUCUCUCGCUUCCUCAUCAUUAUCACUGAUGGCAAGUCCCAGGACCCAGUGGCCCAGGCUGCGGAUGAACUGAGGCAGGAAAAAAUCACCAUCUAUGCCAUCGGUGUAAAAUCUGCUAUCACCAAGGAGCUUGUUGAGAUCUCUGGCUCAGGAAAUAGGAUGUUUUUUGUGAAUGACUUUGAUUCUUUAAAGCAUAUUCAGCAAAAGGUCAUACAGGACAUCUGUUCCCCAGAGGCAUGUAAGGGUAUGAAAGCAGACAUUCUUUUCUUGGUUGAUGGCUCUGAGAGGGUCCACUACAGAGACUUUGACAAGAUGAAGGAAUUCAUGAGGCAGAUGGUAAAUAAGUCAGAUAUCGGCCCGGAGAAAGUACAGAUCGGCCUCUUGCAAUUCAGUUCAAUCACCCGAGAAGAGUUCCGACUCAACACCUAUUUCUCCAAGGUGGACAUUCUCACGGCCAUCUCUGAUAUGGUACAAAUGAAAGCCCGCACCCUGCUGGGGAGUGCCCUGUCCUUCACUUCCCCUUACUUUGAUAGUCAAAGAGGAGGAAGACCUACCGUACCCCAGUACUUGAUCUUAAUCAUUGAUGGGGAAGCCAGGGAUGCUGUGAAAAUACCAGCCAAGGCCCUCAGAGAUAGAGGGAUCAAGAUCUUUGCCAUUGGAGCUCAUAAGGCCAACCAUUCCCAGCUACUGGAAGUCACAGGUGCCCAGGACAAGGUGUAUUAUGAGGAUAAUUUUGAUUCCCUCCCUUUAUUGGAGGGGAUAUUAUUUAGGCUCUGCAAUAUGGAGAAGGCCUGCAAAAAGACAGAAGUCGCAGAUAUUCUAUUCUUGGUGCAUGCAUCUAGUAGCACCACCAAUCAAGAGCUCAUGGCCAUUCACAGACUCAUGGAAGCCAUUGUCAAUGACACACUGGUUGGAAAGGACAAUGUGAGAUUUGGUGCUGUUUCCUAUAGUGAUGAUUCAGAAGUACUGUUUUCAUUGGAUACCUACAUUACCAAAGCUCAGAUCAGGGAAGCCAUUUUACACUUGAAACCCAAGGUGGGAAAAGCCCAUACAGCCACGGCUUUAAUGUUUGCUAAGGGGAUGUUUGCUGAGAGACAUGGAGGUCGCCAAUCUUUGGGUAUCACCCAGAUCUUGGUGCUCAUUACCAACAAGCCAACCGAGCCUAAAGAAAAAGGGUACCUACAAGGCUCAGCAGAGGAUCUGAAAGAAGCUGACAUUAAUAUCUUUGCCAUUGGAAUAAAAAAUGUCAAGAAGUCAGAACUUCACAUGGUCACAAGGUAUCAGGAUAGAUCAUUCAUGGUGCAGAGUUAUGAUGAACUUUACAAUUUGCAUGAAAAAGUGACUCAUGCCAUAUGUAAUGAAUCAAAACCAAUUUGUAGCCAUCAAGAAUUAGACCUUGUAUUUCUGAUCGAUGGAUCCUUGAGCAUCCAUCCCCGAAACUUCACUGCCAUGAAGACCUUUAUGAAGCAAAUUGUGAACAGUUUCACUAUUGGCAUGGAUAGGGUCCGCAUUGGAGUAGCUCAGUAUAGCACUGAUCCUAAGAAAGAAUUCUACCUCAAUGCUUUCUCCUCCAGUGCUGAAAUCAACAAACACAUCGACAAGAUUACCCAGUUGAGAAGUAAAACCUACACUGGGAAAGGACUGAAGUUUGUAAAGAGUUUUUUUGAACCCGCCAAUGGGAGCCGGAAGAACCACAAUGUGUUACAGAGCCUGGUAGUCAUCACUGAUGGGAUGUCCACUGAUUCUGUAGCGGAAGCAGCAAGUGACUUGAGAAAUGACAAAAUCAACAUUUUUGCCAUUGGAAUUGGCGUCAUCAACCUCUUUGAGCUUCAAGUCAUUGCUGGCAAUGUGAAGAGGGUAUUUGUCGUGGGUGACUUUGGACAACUGGGCAUUAUCGAGAGGAAGGUUGUCAGUGAGCUCUGUGCACCCAGUGAUAUUAUUGAUCCUGAAUGUAACAUCGAUAUCUCGGUAGGACUUGACACUUCUAAUUCAGUAAGGCUGGUGCAACAGAGCCUGCAGCAACUGCUGCCGAACCUGAUGCAGAGACUGACCCUUCUGUCCAACAUCAGCUGCGUGGCCAGCACUCCACUCAACACGAGGCUACGCUACCACAUCCCUGCUCCGGAUGGCCGGUCUCGGUUCGACUCGGGUUUUGAGAACUACAAUGAAGGGAUCAUCCAGAAGUUCUUUGAACAACAUGACUUGGCAAACAACUAUAUGAAUGUGGCUUUUGUGCAGGCACUUGGGGAGAAGGCUCUCAACUUGGCCUCUGCUAAAGUGAAGGUUCUCUUAGUGUUUACGGAUGGACCGGAUGAUGAUUUGGAAAGACUAAAAGAAGCCUCAGAGUUCCUUCGUCUCAAAGGUCUCCAUGCGCUUGUAUUAGUCGGCUUGCAAAGUGGGCAGAAGUUAGACGAACUCCAGGAAAUUGAAUUUGGCCGAGGGAUUGGUUAUAAAGAACCUCUGAGUAUCACAAAGAGAGCUCUUCCAAGCCUUUUGUUGAGGCAACUUGACACAGUUGUAGAAAGAGAAUGCUGUAAGGUCAAUUGCAAAAUUUGGGGGGAGUCUGGUAACUCAGGGGAACAAGGAAGUCGUGGGAGGAAGGGAGAGACAGGUCUUAAUGGGAUGCCUGGCUAUCCUGGUGAUGAAGGUGGACCUGGGGAAAGAGGCCUUAUUGGCCUGCCUGGAAGUCGUGGUGAUGGAGGAUGUCCAGGUGUAAGAGGGCUUAAGGGAUCACGAGGGUUUUAUAGGAGAAAAGGUAGCAUGGGUGACAGCGGAAUGGAUGGGUUUACAGGAGAACAGGGUGAACGUGGCAGUUCUGGAAUGCCUGGAGAAAAAGGAAAUGCUGGAAUUCAGGGCUUGAGGGGCCCCCCAGGAGAAUCUGGUGAACCUGGAGGUCCUGGUCUGGGAGGAGACCCCGGAGAACCUGGCACCGAUAGUAAUGUUUAUGGUCCUCAGGGAGAAAAAGGAAAACAAGGUCGCCAGGGAAAACCUGGGGUGCGUGGUGAGGGAGGCAUGCCUGGAGACAGAGGCUCUAAUGGGCCAAGAGGUAGACAAGGUUCACCUGGUCCGAAGGGUGUGCUUGGAGAAACUGGUAUGCAUGGUUACCUCAGUGGAGUUCCUGGAUAUCCAGGCUUAGAGGGUCCAAGAGGGGAACAAGGACCGCCGGGAGUGCCUGGACCACAAGGCUUUCCCGAGAACAGGGGAAGCCUGGGCCGCAGGGCCCACUUGGUCCUAGAGGGGCGCUGGCCGAAAGGGAAUGAAGGUGGAGGGGAGCUUGGUUAUCCGGGAGAAAGUGGCAUAGUGGGACCAGGAUGGAGAGGACAGCCUGGUCUUGAUGGCAAUGAUGGGCAUGGCCACCCAGGAAGAAAAGGAACUAAAGGUGAGCGCGGCUUCCCUGGAUACCCUGGUGUACAAGGGGAAGAUGGUGAUCGAGGCCAGCCAGGAAACCAAGGACCGAAGGGAUUUCCAGGGAAAAGGGGCACCAAGGGAUCUAAGGGUUUGACGGACAUGAUGCCUUGUGACAUUGUUGACUUCGCACGAAAAAACUGCCCUUGUUCAUCAUGUAAAAAAGACAAAUGUCCAGUGUUCCCAACUGAGGUGGUUUUUGCUCUGGACAUGUCUGAAGGUGUUACAGAGUCAGACUUUGAGAGGAUGAGGGACAUUUUGCUGUCACUGCUAAGACGGAUGAGCAUCAGCCAAAACAACUGUCCAACCAAUGCCCGGGUGACCAUUGUUUCCUACAGUACCAAGACACAUUACCUGGUUCGCUUCUCAGACUUCCAGAACAAGAAUCAACUUCUCCAAGCCAUCAGGAACAUCCCUUUAGAGCAAUCCAUGGGCCAGCGGGACCUUGGUACUGCCCUAAGUUUUGUGGCAAGAAAUGUCUUCAAACGUGUGCGUAAUGGUAUCCUCAUGAGGAAGGUUGCUAUAUUCUUUGCGGCGGGCCCAUCCUCUGAUGUUACUUCUAUCAACACAGCAUGCUGGAGUUCAGUGCCCUGGACAUCAUUCCUGCUAUUAUCCGCCUUCACCGACGAUCCCCUCUUACAACAUGCCUUGUCAAUGGAUGAUACAAAGAGGCUUAAGCUGUAUGUGUGGGAAGAGAAGGAUGAUGAACAUGUGGAACAUGUGGCCUCCUGCACCCUUUGCUACGAUCCGUGCAAAGCAGACAAGGAGUGUGAAGUGACCAGCCCCAGGCCCAUCAUGGUGGACAUGGACAUAGCUUAUGUGAUGGACAGCUCUGCCAGAGUCACCAGUGACAUGUUCAGUGCAGCCAAAAGCCUGGUGGGCUCCAUGCUGAAUCACUUUGUCAUUUGCUCCCCAUCCCGAGACCUCCACGACCGGGGCCAGGUCGCUCUGGUGCAGCAGGGGGUCCCAGGCUUCUCACACUGAUGGGGUAGGCUCCCCGUCAAGAAGGAGUUUGAUCUGCUCACCUACAGCCACCCAGGGCAGUUGCUGAGGUACAUACAGGAGUCUGUCCUCCCCGCUAAGGGCCCCCCUUCCCUGGGCCAUGCCCUCAAGUGGACUGUUGACAAUAUCUUUCUGACGGCCUCCCUCCAGAGGAAGAACCGGGUCUCCUUUGUGAUCUUGGCAAGCGAGACAAGUCCCUGGGACAGGGAGGAGCUGGAGGUCUCCCUGGAGGCCAAGUGUGAAGGCUUCAUCUUGUUUACCGUGGUCUUGGGCAGAGGAGUCAACCCGGAAGAGUUGGCCUGGCUGGCCAGUUUCCCGCCCCAGCAGCACCUGCUGCGUCUGGCUGAUGUUUCCCAGCUGGGGAUGGACUAUGCUGAGGGAUUCAUCCGGGCCUUCCUGAACCUUCUGAAAAGUGAGGUGAACCAAUACCCACCUCCUACGCUUCUAGAAGAUUGCGAAGGCCUGCAUCGAGGAGACACCCGGAGACAGGCAGCCUUGGUCCAGAGGAUGAAUUUUCUCAGGUUCAGGUUUAAUGAGUCUGACUCUGGAAGAAGUUGGGAAGUACUUAAGACAAAAGCUUCUUCUCUAGGGAUGAGGCGAAGAAUUUCCCAAAUCGCCAAAACUGGCAGAGAAGAUAUGGAGUAUCAUUAUAGACCUGAAAAAAAUCUAAUGGGAGCCCUUCAAAAGAGAAAAGAACCCAGAGAUGAAGCCACCACCCUUGAUCCUUGUUCCAUGGCUAAAGAUACUGGGAUGUGCCGCAACUAUGUCUUGAAGUGGUACUACCAUCAAGACCAGCGCACCUGCCAGAAGUUUUGGUUUGGCGGCUGUGGUGGCAACCCCAACCGAUUUGAAACCAAGGAAGACUGUGAGUCCCGGUGUGUCCCAUUAGCUUAG